ACACAGAGAGAGAGAGAGAGAAGGGCUAAACCUCUAUAGCACUAUAGAGCUAGCAAACUUGAUUGUUUAGUGCAAAUAUCUAUUUUACAUUGAGAUUGAGUCGUAUAUAUAUAUUUGAGAUUGGUAUAAGUGAAGAUUGAUGGCUAAUUCAUCGAGUGGUGGUGUGCCUCCGGGAUUCCGAUUCCACCCCACGGACGAAGAGUUGCUUCACUAUUAUUUGAAGAAGAAGGUGUCCUUUCAGAAGUUUGACAUGGAGGUCAUUAGAGAGGUGGACUUGAAUAAGAUGGAACCUUGGGACUUGCAAGAGAGAUGUAGGAUUGGGUCAACUCCACAAAACGAGUGGUACUUUUUCAGCCACAAAGACAGGAAGUACCCAACAGGGUCGAGGACAAAUAGGGCUACAAAUGCUGGGUUUUGGAAGGCAACAGGGCGGGACAAAUGCAUCAGAAACACCUUCAAGCAGAUUGGCAUGAGAAAAACCCUUGUUUUCUACAGAGGCAGAGCUCCCCACGGCCAAAAGACUGACUGGAUUAUGCACGAGUACCGCCUCGAAGAUGGCGAUGAUCCUGAUGGAAACCUAUCUAGUGAAGAUGGGUGGGUGAUCUGCAGGGUUUUCAAGAAGAAAAAUUUAUUCAAGGUUGCGAAUGAAGGAGGAAGCUCUAGCAUGAACUCUUCAGACCAUCAGCAGCUCAAAAAUACAUCAAGCAACAGCCAAUUGCAAGCUCGCUCCUUCAUGCAUAGCCACAGAGACAACCAGUACUUACUACGCCAACAACACCAUGCAGCAGCCCAAGCAUUCGAGCUAAACAACAACCCAAGCCUUCACUACGCCCACCUGCAGCCACCCCCUCCCUACUCUCUUUUCCAAUCCCAAGCCCUUAUCCCCACCCUCGCCCACAAGCCCCUUUCCGCCUACGACGACUACUCAUCCCAGCACCCCUCCGACGAUUCACCUAGCCACGGCAUGGUCAAGCAGCUCAUGACAAACCCUAGAGACCGCGAAAGUGGCAGUGAGGGCCUCCGGUACCAAGCUUGUGAGCCAGUGUUAGAGGUUGGCACGUGCGAACCAAACCAUCAACUGAAUACGGUUGCAGGAGGAGCUGGAGCAGCUGGCGGAAGAGAUAAUAAUCAUGAUCACCAGGGGAUGAGUGAAUGGGCUAUGCUCGACCGCCUGGUUACUUCUCAUGACCUUGGAAAUGAUCAAGAUUCGUCGUCCAAAGGAGCAGCCAGGUAUGAGGAUGCAAAUGCACCCUCUUCUGUCAACCAAAUUAACCCCCAGCACCUCUCGUUGCGUGGAGAGAUGGAUUUUUGGGGCUAUGCAAAAUAAUAUGGAUUAGAGCUAAUUACCAAACCAAAAUGGCUCUAACCAUGCAUAUUUUAUAUAUUAAGGCAAAUAUACCAAAUUCGACAGCCAUGGAAGGAAUUUAUAGUUGUUCCUUUUAGAGAGAAAUUAAAAUAUUGGACGUUUUUCUGGUUCUUAAUGAAUUUAUUGUGAAUUUUCAAUUAAUUAUUUUAAUACAAAAGCACUUGAUUGAAAUGGUUGUCUGCAUAGGCCCCUUGUGUUCUCACCUAACGGUC